GGAGGCUGCUGGCCUGGCCGGGCCCCUCCAGCGCAGCCGGGCGGUGGCUGUUUCUUUAAGCGAAAAUGCUAAUCUCGUCACGUGACCGCCGGGGUGACUUGACUUUCGCUUUCAAUUUCGGGCAGCGCUGCCGGAGGGAAGCCCCGGGCUCUGCUCGGAGCCCAGAGGUUUCUUCCCCGAAGGGCGAGGAAAAGCUGGGAAACUGCAGCGAUUUGGUAGCCGGGACUCAGCCCUGCAAUGGGAUCAACUGAAAGAGUCACUGACAGUGGAAAUCAUCGCACCAAACCCCGCGGAGUCUGAUCCCACCCUGGAGAUUGUAAAAUUUCUCAGAAGGACCAAUCAGGCAGGUUAAUUUUGCUUCAAAAUGAUUCCUCACGUCCCCUCAUGUGUCCUGCUCAUUGCCUGGCCGGAUUGUUACUAACACAAAGAUUAACUAACCCCGUGCAAUUUGAUUUACACGUUAUGUAAACACUGCAGUACAAGGACGUUCACAAUGAUUGACACCCCGAUGCCUUUCAGAGCCUUGUCCGAGCGGCGUAACUCGGGAUUUGUGCGGCAGGCUGGGUUCGAAAUUUGUUUCUUUUGCGGUAACAGUGAGAUGAAAGUUCUCUCAAUCUGCCACAGCUCCAGAGCCAGAACCCUUCUACCCCAUUUUAUCAUUUUCUUCAUUACGUUUUAUGUUCACAAGCUGGAAUCAGCCCGGUUCACAGUGAUUGGACCUGAUCACCCUGUCACUGCCAUCAUGGGUGAGGACAUUAUCUUACCCUGUCACCUGUCCCCCAAGAUGAGCGCUGAGAACAUGGAAGUGAGAUGGUUCCGAUCUGAGUUCACUUCGUUUGUGCACCUGUAUCAGCAUGGAAAGGAUGAGUAUGGGCAGCAGAUGCCAGAAUAUCAUGGAAGGACAGAGCUUUUGAAAGCUGGCAUUGUGGAUGGGAAUGUUGCCUUGGGAAUUGUCAAUAUCAGACUUUCUGAUGAAGGACAGUACCGCUGUUUUGUUCAAGAUGGUGUCUUUCAUGAAGAAGCUGUAUUGGAAUUGAAGGUAGCAGCUUCAGGCUCUGCACCUCGCAUCUCUGUUGAGGGUCACCAGGAUGGAGGGAUCCAAGUGGUGUGUCAGUCGGCCGGAUGGUACCCAGAGCCCGAGGCGCUGUGGAGAAAUCUCAAAGGGCAGCCUUUAUCUUCAUCAACUGAAACCAAAUCUGAAGAGCAACACGGUCUCUUUGAAAUAAAAAAUUCUAUCGUUAUAACAGAAAAUUCAAACAAGAAUUUGUCCUGUGCCAUAAGGAACACUCACCUGAACCGAGAAAAAGAAUCAAUAACAUUUUAUAUAUCAGAUUCUUUUUUCCCAAGAGCAUCUCCCUGGAUGGUGGGUUGGAGUGUGACUUUGGUGAUUUUGUUGGUGUUCGUCGGCCUUACUCUUUUUCUGUUCAAAUUAAAAGGGAAACAUCUCAACACUAUCAGUAAACUUCAAACAGAGCUAGAGUGGAGGAGAUCCCUGGGUGAUGCAGCAAAUGUGACUCUGGAUCCAGACACGGCUCAUCCAGAACUUGUCCUGUCUAAGGAUCGGAAAAGUGUGAGAUGGGCAGAGACAUGGCAGGAUGUGCCCCACCACAAGAAUCCUGAGAGAUUUGACAUUGAGCGCUGUGUGCUGGGCUGUGAGGGGUUCACCUCAGGGAGACAUUACUGGGAGGUGGAGGUGGGGGUGGGGCUACUCUGGGCUGUGGGGGUGGCCAGAGAGUCUGUGAGGAGGAAGGGAGGGCUCAACCUUAGACCUGAGGAGGGGAUCUGGGCUGUGGAUCAGAGGCAGGGCCAGUACCAGGCUCUCACCUCCCCUGUGACCCCCCUAGACCUGCGCCGGGCCCCCAGCAGGAUCCGGGUUUGUCUGGACUGUGAACAGGGGCAGGUGACAUUUAUCAAUGCUGGAGAUGAGGCCCCGAUCUUCACUUUCCCACCGGGCUCCGUCCCUGGGGAGAGAAUCCGCCCUUGGCUCUGGCUGGAUGGAAAGCCAGCUCAAACUGUGUCCCUGAGAGACGGGGGGUAUAUCCCACUGGGGACCCUGAAAUCAGCCUGUCUAGCCUCACACACCCAAGUAUCUAUGAUCUUGGCAUCAUCCUGUCCACCCAGUCCUAUGGCCUCUUAAUUCUAUGUCCCCUGGAAACUCCUCCCCCCUCCUUCCCCGCAGCACAGAGAUUUAUAGAACAUCACUGAAGGUGAGACUGUCACUCAUUAAUUUCAUAUGUUACUUCCUUGACUUUGUUGCUGUCAUAAAUAUAAAGGGAAGGGUAAACCCCUUUAAAUCCCUCCUGGCCAGAGGAAAUCUCCUCUCACCUGUAAAGGGUUAAGAAGCUAAAGGUAACCUCGCUGGCACCUGACCAAAAUGA